CACACAUGCCGUCUGGACAUAUGAGAAACCUGGACAACUUCACCAGCAUUCAACAACAACUUAUGAAGAAAAUUGCUUAACUUUCUUUCACUUUGAUUCAUAGACGCUUUCCUAAUUUUGCCACAUUGAAUAUCUACUAGCAACAUUAUAGCAAGAAAACAAAACAGGGCAACAGCAACAAAUAAAGAUGACACAGAAAAAGGUUAUUCCAACAAUCCAAACUGUUGAAGGAAACAUGCCUCCAAGUUAUGACGAGGCCAAUGCAGGAUGUCCAGGUUAUUACUAUGGUGAAGGAACAUUUAGCUGGGAUGACAAGAAUAUCAGGCGAAUAUUUAUAAGAAAGGUUUAUGCAAUUCUGAUGCUGCAGCUCUUUGCAACAGUAGCAGUUAUUACCCUCUUCACAUUCUGUGCUCCAGUGAGGAUGUACAUUCAAACACAUCCCAUUUUGUACUCAAUGUCCAAUCUUCUGUUUCUUGUCACUUAUAUCUCUUUGGCUUGCUGUGGUGAUUUGAGGAGGCAGUUUCCAUGGAAUCUCAUUCUACUUACAGUCUUUACUUUGAGCAUGGCUUGCAUGUUAGGUUUUAUCUCCAGUUUCUACAACACCAAGUCUGUUGUGUUGUGCAUUGGUAUCACUGCCACAGUGUGUCUGUGCGUCAGCUUAUUCAGCUUUCAGAGCAAGAUUGACAUCACCUCCUUUCAAGGUCUUCUCUUCACUCUGUGUAUGGUCAUGUUUUUCUGUGCUAUUGUCAUGGGAUUUGUUGUUCCCUUUGGAUAUGUUCCUUGGUUACAUUCUGUCUAUGCCAGCAUAGGAGCUAUUGUCUUUACCAUGUUUCUAGCCUUUGAUACGCAGCUGCUAAUGGGAAACAAGCAAUACGCCAUGAAUCCUGAAGAAUAUAUCUUCGCAACUUUAAGUCUCUACCUGGAUAUUGUGUACUUGUUUACAUUCCUGUUGCAAUUGUUUGGGAAUGGUAGAGAGUGAGACAGUUUUGGUAGUCAUGUACAAUAUUAAGAGCUUAUGUUUCAAAAUGUACUGCAAUCUCAAAUUUGUUUAGGACAGUAUGUGGCCUUUUAGGUUUUAUAAUGGUUGAGGAAACAUCAAAACUUAAAAAAAGAAAUAAAAAGAAAUCUCAGGUAACUUGAAAGAAUAUGCUUCAUGUGGUAACAUCUAAUUUAACCAACAAAAGGUCAAAGUAGAAGGUCAGGUAGAAAGUUAACAACUACAUAUUUUCACUUUGAACAGUGUGAGGAAUAAGCUGUAGAAAUAAGAUAUAAGAACAAGAGCAGUGUGAUUAAGACCAUGCAGGCAAGACCACAUAAAGCGAAUAACUAAAUACCCAAUGUGUACAAAAUCAUAAAUUGAGAAUCUAAUAAUUAUAAAAAUAUGACUAAAUAAAAAUAAACAUUUAUAAUCUAAUGUAGGACACUCAAGGGGGUUGUAUUUUAAAGUGUUAGCUUUAGAAACCUAUAUAAAAAAAAAAAAAUUAACAAAUGUAUUUAGAUUGUUCCUAUGUGUUUAUUGUCUCUUUCACCCAGCUGGUGGUAGGUUCAGAAAGAUGAUGUAUUUAAAUUGAAUUCCUGAUUUUGCACUUACUAGUAUUAGAGUUUAUAUUAAUCUCUAUUAUUUCCACACAAAUUAUUUGUUUAUGCAGUUUUUAUACAAACAUAAAAUGUGUAAUUAAGUUAAAUAAUUGAAGAUAACAAUUCACUGUGACUUAUAAAUAGUUAAUACAAUAUCAUUGUUAUUUUCUAUGUAACAGUUCUCUUUUGUAUUAAAUUGUAGUAUUGUAAACAAAGUGCUGUAUAAAGUAUCCAAUGGUCAUGCUUAAGGUAAAAGUAAAGAUACCUUCAUGGAAAUUGACAAGUAAAAGUUAAUGUGUAUGACUUUCUUUCUUUCAUGAACGCAGUUUAGUCUAAACCACAACAUACUGUAACUGAAAUAGUGUACCAUAGCAACCACACAAAACACCCUA